AUGGAGGAGAAGAUGAAGAAGAUAACACAUACAUCAAAUCUGGACAAAUUUGUUGAAGAUUAUGGGCUUUUGGAACAGAAAAUAGCUGAAAUUCAGGGGAGAAAUUGUCUCCUUGAAAUCCAACUGGAGGAAGCAAACCGUUUGCUGAAACUGACACAGGCUAAGGAGAACUCUUUGAAAGAAGAAUGUGUUUUAUUGCAUGGAAUGAUGGCAGACCUGCAGGACACCAUCCAAAAAAAGUACGAUGUACGAGAUGAGAAUGAGAACCUGAAAAGAAGGAUCAACGUCUUAGAAGAGAAGUUAAAAAUGGUUGAACAGGAGGAAAAGGACCAUGUCAAGAGUUUGGUGUUACAGCUGAAGAUGAUGGAGCAGGAGCAACAGUUGGAGCGGGCCGAGAUUCAGCAAAACUUGAACAAACGACUUGAAGUAAAGGAAGCUGAACUCAACAGCAUUAUUGAUAAAAAGGAGGCAGAGAUUCAGCUACUGAACAGACAGAUAUCUUCUCAAAAGAGGGAGAAGCAAAGUGAGAUCAUCAAAUUGCAGAUGGAGUUUAACUCCAAGCUUGUGAAGAUCCAGAGCACCUCAAUGAAGUCUCCGCAUCACGAUCUGUCUGUUUUACCUCACAAUAUCUUCAAGAGGAAGUUACAGCAUCUACAGGAAGAGAAGAACCGGGAGAUUGCAGCUCUUCGCCGAACCAUUCGAGAGCUUGAACAGCAGCAAGGCUUCAGUCACACCUUACAGCUGAAACGUAGGAAGAUUUAG